AUGGCUAUUCCUGGCCAGCGCUUUGAACUAGACCUCGACGCUGACGACUUUACGAUACGACCCCUCAACGAUGACCUCUCUCCCGAUUUAACAGCGAGCUUCGCCGUGAAGGAAAUAAAAGAGCACGACACCGAUGCACCGCCGCCUCCUCCCUCGAUCAAAUCCUCAAGAUCCGGGUUUCCAGAGCACAAGCCUCGGCGGAAUGUCUCGGCAUUCAAAAAGAACCAAGCCGCCGCAAAGGGCCCGGCGCGGCCUGCCAUUUCCUCCCGGGUAGAGCCUUCCGAUAGAGCAAUCGCUCAUCAUGUCGCCAAAAAGCACGGGGUGGGCCUCGACGACCAGGAGAAAGCUGACAUCAGCGAGGAGAACAAAAGACGAAUAGCCGAGAUGUCACUUGAAGACAUCGAAGAGGCUCGAGCCGAACUGAUGCAAAGCCUCAAUCCUGCCUUCCUUGAACGACUGCUGAAACGUGCAAAUAUCGAUGAGGACCAAUCUGGCCAGAAAACCUGGCCUGAAGACAAUCAAGAGGAGCCGGAAGCAACAGUCGAGCCGGUUAAAAUGGAUGACGCUUCGUUGCCGGCAGGCGAUGACCUAGACCCUGCUACCCUGAACGCAGGCACAUCGUCAGGACCAUCGGUUCAUUUUCCUGUGCCCCCACGAUCAACGGAAGAAUACGUCCCCUUAGACGCCAACGAUCCCUCUUUCCUGCAAGAACUGAAGUCGCACUAUUUCCCUGACACACCGCACGAUCCGUCCUCACUCCAGUGGCUACAGGACCCUACUGAGGAAGAAAACAAGGAGUCGCUGUACAACCCCGAAAAAGACUCAUACCUGGCAUCUGCUCUACGAUUCGGCUUCAAUGGCCGUUUGAUCCCCCCCCGAGAGUCUCUGGAAAUUGAUGUCAAGCAAGGUCUACACCAUCAUGGUGAUGAUCCCAACAGUGCCGGAUAUACCAUACCAGAGCUUGCAAUGCUGGCGAGAUCUACCCUGCCCAAUCAACGGUGUGUUGCGUACCAGAUCCUUGGGAGGAUGUUGUUCAGGUUGGGGAGAGGAGAUUUCGGCCCCCGCGGCAGCGAGCUGGAAGAAGCCUUGUGGUCAGUGAUCGAGAAGGAGAGGCCUAUCGAGGUCAUGAUGAGCGAAGCGAACCGCCUAUCUGGGCAUGUUAGCGCCAAGGCUCACGCUAUUGAGGCUCUUUGGCUGUGGAGGAAAGGAGGUGGAGGGGACCGUGGUGUGCUGAAACCGGGUCAGAGAGUGGCCAAAUGA